AUGACCAAAAUCCUGCUAGCUUGCAGCGCUGUCAACAUUGUGAGACACUGGCGUGUAGUUGGAAACAAAGUUGGUAAGACGCCGGCAUGGUUGCGACUUCAGACUGCUCAGCUUUUUAGUGUCAAGGCCCAGACAGCACACCUGGUCUUGGAAGAUGGCACCCAGAUGAAAGGGUUUUCCUUUGGAUAUGAUGCUUCAGUUGCUGGGGAACUGGUCUUCAAUACAGGCCUUGUAGGAUAUCCUGAAGCCUUGACAGACCCCAGUUACAGGGGUCAGAUCCUGACUUUGACAUACCCGCUUGUGGGGAACUACGGUGUACCGAACACGCACGAACUGGAUAAGCUUGGCCUGAGAAAACAUGUGGAGUCUGACUGCAUCCAGGUAUCUGGUCUUCUGGUUCAAAACUACAGUGAUGAGUACAGCCACUGGAACUCUGUCAAGUCUCUGGGUCAAUGGCUACAAGAAGAGAAGGUUCCUGCACUCUUUGGGAUCGACACCAGAAAGUUAACCAAGACCAUCAGAGACAAGGGCACCGUUCUUGGAAAGAUUGAAUUUGAUGGGCAACCUGUUGAGAUAGCAGACCCUAACCAAAAAAAUCUUAUAGCAGAGGUCUCAACAAAAGAAUCCAAAGUUUUUGGAAGAGGAAACCCUGUCAAAGUGGUAGCAGUUGAUUGUGGUAUUAAGCAUAAUAUAAUUCGCCUGCUGGUUAAGCGGGGUGCAGAAGUUCACUUAGUACCAUGGGACCAGGACUUGUUGAGCCUAAGCUAUGAUGGACUGUUAAUCUCCAAUGGACCAGGAGAUCCGUCCCUCGCUGAGGCACUCAUCCACAAUGUCCGCAAGGUGUUGGAGAGUGAUCGUCCCCAGCCUGUGUUUGGUAUCUGUAUGGGCAAUCAGAUCACUGCCCUUGCUGCUGGUGCUAAGUCCUAUAAGCUACCAAUGGGCAACAGAGGUCAGAACCAGCCGGUACAGAAUUUGAUGACAGGCCAGGCCUUCAUUACUGCACAGAACCACGGCUAUGCCAUAGAUAGCGAGUCCCUGCCCCCAGGGUGGAGCCCGCUUUUCAUCAACGCCAAUGAUGGCACAAAUGAGGGGAUCAUGCACAACACUAAACCUGUUUUCACGGCUCAGUUCCACCCAGAGGCCAAAGGCGGGCCCACUGACACAGAGUUCCUUUUUGACACCUUCAUGGCCCUGAUCAAAAAAGGAAAAGAUGCCAACAUAGUGUCAAUCAUGCCGAAGAAACCGUGCAUCUCCCCCAGAGUUCAGGUUUCAAAGGUGCUGGUACUGGGUUCUGGAGGCUUAUCUAUUGGUCAGGCUGGAGAGUUUGACUACUCUGGGUCUCAGGCUGUCAAGGCAAUGAAGGAAGAGAAUGUGAAGACAGUGCUCAUGAACCCCAACAUAGCCUCAGUCCAGACCAAUGAAAUUGGCACCAAGCAGGCUGAUUUGGUCUACUUUCUGCCUGUCACAUCGCAAUUUGUUACUGAUGUGAUUAAGGCCGAGCGUCCUGAUGGCAUCCUGCUUUCCAUGGGUGGACAGACUGCCCUCAACUGUGGAGUAGAAUUGUUUCAGCAGGGUGUCCUGGACCAGUAUGGAGUAAAAGUCCUGGGAACGCCAGUAGAGUCCAUCAUGGCCACAGAGGACAGGCAGAUAUUUGCUGAAAAACUCAAGGAGAUCAAUGAAAAGAUUGCACCCAGUAUGGCUGUGGAGUCUGUUUGUGAUGCCUUGAAAGCUGCAGAACAGAUAGGCUAUCCAGUGAUGCUGCGAUCAGCCUAUGCCCUGGGAGGCCUGGGCUCAGGUCUGUGUGCCAACAAGGAAAAACUGGCGGAAACUGCCAACAAGGCUUUGGCCAUGAGCAGUCAAAUCCUGGUGGAGAAGUCGAUGCUUGGUUGGAAGGAAGUGGAAUACGAGGUGGUGAGAGACGUUGCAGAUAAUUGUGUCACCGUUUGCAACAUGGAAAACUUUGACCCACUCGGUAUUCACACAGGUGACUCCAUUGUGGUGGCACCGAGCCAGACGUUGUCCAAUGAGGAGUACCACAUGCUUCGUGAAACGGCCAUCAAAGUGGUUCGCCAUCUUGGUAUUGUAGGUGAAUGUAACAUCCAGUACGCGCUCCACCCAUCGUCCCUGGAGUAUUGCAUCAUUGAAGUUAAUGCUCGGCUCUCAAGAAGCUCAGCUCUCGCAUCCAAAGCCACUGGAUACCCCUUGGCAUUUGUGGCUGCUAAGUUAGCUCUUGGGAUCCCCUUGCCUGCGAUAAAGAAUUCUGUAUCUGAAAAGACCACCGCCUGCUUUGAGCCCAGUUUAGACUACAUCGUCACCAAGAUACCCCGCUGGGACCUGGACCGCUUUCAGGGGAUGUCAAGCGAAAUAGGCAGUGCGAUGAAGAGUGUUGGAGAGGUGAUGGCAGUGGGACGUACCUUUGAGGAGAGCAUGCAGAAGGCCCUGAGGAUGUGCCAUCCAUCAGUGGAUGGCUUUAUGCCCCGAUUGCCUCUCAGAAAAGCCUGGACAAACACACAGAACUUGCAACAGGAGCUUGCCGUGCCUUCCAGCACCAGAAUUUUCUCCAUUGCUAAGGCCCUCCACAGCGGUAUGAGUGUAGAUCAGAUCCACCAGCUGACAGCCAUUGACAUGUGGUUCCUGCACAAACUCCAAAGGAUAGCACAACUGGAGCAACACCUUGCAAACUACAAAAGUCUUUCAGUGCCAAAGAGCCUGCUUCUGCAGGCCAAGCAAGAAGGCUUCUCGGACCGACAGGUUGGUCUGAUUUUGGGCAUCACUGAGGGAGCAGCUCGACAGAUGAGGCUCAGUCAUGGUAUCAGACCGUGGGUCAAACAGAUUGAUACAUUGGCAGCAGAGUAUCCCACCAAAACCAACUAUCUGUAUUGUACCUAUCACGGGGAGGAGCAUGACCUGGACUUUCAAGACCAAUCAAUUAUGGUUCUUGGUUGUGGGCCCUAUCACAUCGGGAGCAGUGUUGAGUUCGACUGGUGUGCAGUGUCAAGCAUCAGAGCCUUGAGACAGAUGGGCAGAAAGACAGUUGUGGUCAACCAUAACCCUGAGACAGUGAGCACUGAUUUUGAUGAGUGUGACCGCCUGUACUUUGAGGAGCUGACCCUGGAGCGCAUCCUGGACAUCACCCAGCAAGAGAGUUGCAGUGGUACCAUUGUAUCAGUGGGAGGUCAGAUCCCAAACAAUCUUGCAGCCCCUUUGCACCUGAAUGGGGUGAACAUUUUGGGCACAAGUCCCCUGCAGAUUGACCGAGCUGAGGAGCGCUCGGUUUUCUCCCAGAUCUUGGAUGACCUCGGUGUGGCGCAAGCCCCGUGGAAGGCCCUCAACUCUCUGGAAGAUGCCUUUGCUUUCGCUAACCAGGUGGGCUAUCCCUGCCUACUGCGUCCAUCCUAUGUUCUCAGUGGCUCGGCGAUGAACGUCGCACAUGGGGAGGAGGAGAUGCUGCGCUUUUUGAAGGAGGCUACCCAGGUGUCCCAGGAGCAUCCAGUGGUUAUAACCAAAUUCAUUUGUGGUGCUCGGGAGGUGGAAGUUGAUGCUGUUGCCAAUAGUGGGAAGGUACUGGUCCAUGCAAUAACAGAGCAUGUAGAGGAUGCUGGCGUACAUUCAGGAGAUGCUACCUUAAUAUUGCCAACACAGACCAUUAGCCAAGGUUCCUUAGAAAAGGUCAAGAUGGUGACCCAAAAUAUAGCGCACGCAUUUGAAAUAUCAGGGCCAUUCAACACUCAGUUUUUGGUAAAAGGCAACAAUGUAAUGGUGAUAGAGUGUAACCUACGGGCAUCACGUUCUUUCCCCUUCGUAUCAAAAACAAUCGGUGUGGACUUUAUCAAUUUGGCAACCAAAGUGAUGGUUGGAGAGCCUGUGGAUGAGGCCAGUCUGCCAUCGCUAGAGAGACCCAUCAUACCUGUAGACUACGUGGCUAUCAAGGCACCCAUGUUCUCUUGGCCACGUCUAAGGGAUGCAGAUCCUGUACUUCGCUGUGAGAUGGCCUCUACUGGAGAAGUUGCCUGUUUUGGACCAAACAUUUAUUCAGCCUUCCUGAAGGCUAUGCUUUCCACAGGCUUUAAACUGCCACAGAAGGGCAUCCUGAUUGGGAUUCAGCAUUCGUUCCGACCCAAUUUCCUGGCUACAGCGCAUCAACUGAAAGAGGACGGCUUCAAGCUCUAUGCUACUGAAUCCACCUCAGCUUGGCUUUGUGCUAAUGAUGUACCAGCAACUCCAGUAGCCUGGCCUACCAAAGGACAGACCAGUUUGCCCAGUAUAAAGAGCUUGAUCAGUGAGGGUCAUAUUGACCUGGUAGUGAACUUGCCCACCAACAACACACGUCACUUGAAGGACAACUUCCUCAUUCGCAGAAUGGCUGUUGAUCACGGGGUACCCCUCAUCACUAAUUAUCAGGUUGCAAAGCUAUUUGCUGAGGCAAUUUGCUAUGCAGGUGAGCUUGACUCCACCAGCCUCUUCCACUACCGGCAGAGAGAACGCCAACAAAGAGAAUGUGGACAUCAAGGCUAGUGGUUCCUUUUUCCGGCCUCGAGUACUUGGAGAAAACUGUUUUCCAAUAACUUCAUCAAGGUCAAGAAGGCCGCUACAGUCUGUCAGGAAAUAUUUAGACCAAAAUUCUAUUUUCUUGCUGCAACAAGAAACAUUUCAAAAGGUCUUACUAAUAGCACCAGUUGUCUUGCCAAGUCACCCUAAAUCUGAAGAUGUGUUCGUCCCCUUCCAAGGAGGGCCCUUGCUAAUAUGUGGUGAUAAGAAUAGGAAUGCAUUGUACCUUGAUUUACAUGACGAGAGAUGCUGAGGGGAUGUCGUGGCGAUAGCUGCUGCCAUUCAUCGGCAGCAUAUCUGAAGCUUGCUCGCACCUUGUAACACAAAGCAAAAAAUCGACCGAGUGACGGCUCGUAACUCGAAAACAUUAUAAGUAAGUCAAGGUACCGCUGUAAUGUGUGUUGUGUUAUUUAGGAUGCUACAAUUGUUAAUAUUCAGUAAAUACUUUAAACUUUGAAACCUUGUUUCUUCAGUGUCAGUUCACAAAGCCUCUAAGAAAAUGUAUCCUGAUAGGCAGAGCACUCGCAAUUAUACUAUCUAUCCUGUAUCAGAUAAUGUUCUUAUGCAGCCCAUCAUCACAUUAAAUAAUUUAAUGGUGUCUUUGUGUAGUAUCACAUCACCGGCGUCAUACAAAUAUCAAGAUGUCUGACAUCCAGGGCCAUCAGAACCACAAAAUACAACCAAGUCACUGAACCAUGUGCUGAAA